GAUAUUGUUUUCAGGAUAUCGGGCAAUUUAAAUUUGUUUAUUUGUGUUUAUAGAUAUAUAAUUAAAUUUAAAUAAAAUAAGGAUUAGAAAAAGAAAACGAAUAAAAGAAAUACAUUCAAGAUUAAGUUAUAUAAGUAACUCUACAUUCGAAAAGUAUUUUUGUAAAUUUGUUUUCGUAAAAGUAAACUCUUGUCUACUGUUUAAUUUACUGUUAACAUUUUAACGAUUCACGAUUAUCUAGAGCUGAAUAAAGGCUUACUCUGGCUAGAUUAGAUAUAAGAUGCCACCUGAAACUGACAUGGGUGAUGAAACAAAAGCAAAAGAACAAAAAGCGAGAGCUGAACUGAGGGAAGGAUUUCUGAGGGAAAUGAAUGAGUUAUCCGGUGCAUCAUGCAAAAUUCUAACAUAUGAGCAAUCAACUCUCCAUGCAACUUUCUCAGCUUGGAAACCAGAUGGUUCUGACAUUCUUGUUCACAAUAUGCAGACACCAGCCAGUAUUAAAAUGCCAUCAGCGCUAAUAAGGACAUCAGAUAUAUUAGCAGUACAAUUUGAAAAGCCAAUUCAGUUAUAGUGAUUACGGUAGAAAAGUAUUUGGGGACUUUAAAAGUAAAAUAUGAAAUCUUAGUAUAAAAUGUUAAAUAGUUUAAUGUAAAAUAACUAGUUAAAUACCAAAAUUUUUACUGAGAGAUAUAAAUGCUAUUUGUUCUA